ACGAAGCGCUGGCACGCCGCUAACCGUGAUCCCGGUAUCACAGGCAAAAUGGCGUUGCAGCAGUGUACCCGAGCCGUGAGAAACUUCCGAUUUCUGCCAUGUUUAAGCCAAACACGGUCUUCAAUGUCACAGUCCGGCGAAUGGGGCAGUGGCUCUGGAAAGGGCGGCGGCGGUGGUGGCAGCGUUCGUGAAGCUGGCGGAGCUUUUGGCAAGAUGGAGGCGGCUCGGGAGGAAGAGUACUUUCGCAAACUGCAAGCUCAGCAAAUUUCAGUGCUGAAGGAGCACAUUGAAGACGAAAUCAAGCAACAUGAAAAACUUAUCAAGCAGCAUCAGGAGGAGAUCGAGAGGCACAAGAAGAAAAUUAGGGAUCUCAAGGAACACUAAGCUGGAAUGUUUGAGAGCCCGAGUCUCCGCAUAUUCCAUUUUUGUUAAUUCUUUUUCUUUCCUCUUGCGUGCUGUAUGCGUGUAACGAGCAAGCUCCAGUGAGCAAUGUUAUUGUAGCUAGGGUGAAGUAAAGCAGUUGCAAGGUUG